UCAAAAGUCAAAACACAUUACUUAUUACACAAUCCGCGUCAUAUCCCCGUGUUUUGGUAAUAACACGUUCUAAAGCAUUCAUGUUAUAAUCAAUAAAUUGUCGCAAAUAUUUCUUAAUUAUUUUCUCUCAAUUUAGAAGAGUAAAAUCGAAUCAAUCGUAUUUUAUGAGAAAUUAAAUAAAAAUGGCAGCGAUGAAAAAACCAACAUUACCGAAAUCUGUGUUAGAUAUGAAAUUUAUGAAAAAGACUAAGGAUAGAUUACAAAAAGAGUUGGAAAACGUUGAAGAUCACGAGAGCUUAUACGCGAAUGUAAUUACAAAUGAAAUGAAGCAUGCCUCCGGAAAUUAUAUAGCAGAAUCUAGUUUUAUAUUUUGCGAGGAUCUUUUAGAGGGAAGGUUAUCCUUUAAAGGCAUGAAUCCUGAAAUAGAAAGACUCAUGGAGCUGGAGAAAAAGCCUGAUAUCGAUGAUGAGGAGGAUAUGAAAAAAGAUGUAUCUGAUGAACUUUUGGCUAAAAAAAUGAAUAAAUUUAAUAGAAAAAGGAAUUCAAGUCCCAGUAAAUACAGUAUUGGUAAGAAGAAAAAGUAAAUGAUAUAUUAACUCAAAUAGAAUUGAAUUUUAACCUUUUAAAGCUAAUCUUUGAUAAAUCUACAAUUACUGUGUUGAGUGAGGUAUUUUAUUUAGUUUAUCUAUGUGAUAGUUAUAAAAUAAAACCUAUGGCAGGUUUAAAUCACAUUUAUUUUAUUACAACAUAAUGUUAUAUACAAAGUAUAUCAGUCUAUUAUAAAACAAUUUUCUGCAAGUGUUAAUCUUAUAAGAAAAUCUCAAGCAUGAAUGUUUUACCUUCAGUUUUAACUCUUAAAAAGGAAUUAAACUAUUUCUAUCAAACAUAAAAAUGUAACUGUAAUGUUUUCUUGUUUUAUGUAAUAACAAUAAGAACAUUGAACUGAAAUAUACAUCCUAUAAUAAGAAUGUUAAAAUAAUGCAUAGAUUUAGUACUUCCUACUUCAAUUGUUUAAAACUAGAUACACAAAACUGUAC